GCUGCUUCACAGGGUGGUAAUGUCGCAAUCAUCGAGACACUAAUGUCACGUGGUCUAGAUGUCAAUUCAAAAGAUAAUGACGGCAGUACCCCAUUGAUGUUGGCUGCAGCGUCUGGCAAGAUUGAAGCUGUAAAUUAUCUUUUAGACAAAGGAGCCGAUCCCUAUGUUAGAGACCAGUUAGGAAGAAAUUCACUGCGCACUGCUUCAGAAGGUGGUAAUGUCGCAAUCAUCGAGACACUAAUGUCACGUGGUCUAGAUGUCAAUUCAAAAGAUAGUGGAGGACGUACCCCAUUGAUGUUGGCUGCAGCUUGUGGCAAGAUUGAAGCUGUAAAUUAUCUUUUAGAGAAAGGAGCCGAUCUCGAUAUUAGAGACCAGUCAGGAAGAAAUUCACUGUACGCUGCUUCACAGGGUGGUAAUGUCGCAAUCAUCGAGACACUAAUGUCACGUGGUCUAGAUGUCAAUUCAAAAGAUAAUGACGGCAGAACCCCAUUGAUGUUGGCUGCAGCUUAUGGCAAGAUUGAAGCUGUAAAUUAUCUUUUAGAGAAAGGAGCCGAUCUCGAUAUUAGAGACCAGUCAGGAAGAAAUUCACUGUACGCUGCUCCACAGGGUGGUAAUGUCGCAAUCAUCGAGACACUAAUAUCACGUGGUAUAGAUGUCAAUUCAAAAGAUAAUGACGGCAUUACCCCAGUGAUGUUGGCUGCAGCGCUUGGCGAGAUUGAAGCU